AUGGGUCGUCUUAUUAAAAACCACUGGGGACGAUUGAUUAUCCUCACGGCAGCAGCCUACCAAAUCGCAAGUUCUAUCGAAGGUUUCAUCUGGCCCAAGGUGUUUUGGGACUUCCUCUCCAAAAACCUUGACGCCGCCGUCGGUCCCAUCCCCGCCCUCCAAAUUCUCAACCUUGUCAUGGGCGUCAUUGCCAUCGCCUGGGAAUGGCCUCUCAAUUUGUUCGCCGGAUCAUUGCUCCAUCGUAGCAUCGAAAUUCGACUCAUCCUCUAUCCUCUCAAUGCAAUGCUAGCCGCCCUUCUAUACCAAGGAACCGACCCCGCCCUCUAUUACUUGAUUGGCAUUGGCGUAUAUUUCUGGGCGUAUAGUGAAGGCGAGGUGAUUUGUCCGGAGCCUUGGACGUUACCCAAACGAGCUGGGACGCUCAAGGAAUGCUAA